CCCGCCGCCGCCAUGUUUGUUCAUUGACGAUGGCAGAUAAAUCCUACGAGAAAUGUUCUUGGGUUCCGACCAGCCCCAAAGACAAGACGGGGAAUACGGUUUAUAGACACGGCGGUUGUGAUCUCGUGGGGAUCUGCAGAAGACGGGCACAGAUCCUGGACCUCUCUCCAGACAGAGGGUCCGUCCAGGAGUGUGUGCAGCUACUGGCAGAGCUCCUUGCAGAUGGCGCCUGCGCUGGGGAUGUCUCCUGUAGAUGUCGGGACUCUCUUCAGGACUCUCCGGCCGUGGUUCUCUCCCCAGCGUUCCAGGUCCUGUCCAGACGUCGUGAAGAGGAGCGCCGGACUGGGGGGGCCCCGAUGUCUCCGUUUCUGCUGCUGCGUGACUUGUUCCUCCAGCUGGAUGUGAUGCGUCACUGGUAUAACGUGGGGGCGACGGCGUCCUGGCUCCAGGACCUCCUCGAGGUCUGCUGGUCCAUGUUGGUUCCUAGUCCGCAGAGGAUGUGCCUGUCCUGCAGAGGGCGCCGGGGGUCGGAGACGUCUUCAGGCAAGAGGCACAAGUCCAACACCCGUCCGCCGCUGGGCAGGGGGUCAGAGGAGUGCAGGCACGCCAUAGAGGUGUACGCAGAACAUCUGCGCGGUCCGGAAGGGACGGCCGAGCGCCCUGACCAGAGUCCGGGUCUCUGGGCCUCCACCCAGCAGCUGAAGAACUCGGUGAAGAAGGAUCUGGAGACUCAUCAGCUUUACCUCCGCUCUAUAGAGACCCGGCUGAGCGGCCUGGAGCGUCGAGCGCAGGACGUCGGCAGGCACCUGGAGAGGGCCAAUCUGGAGCUGGAAGCCAUUAAACAAGGUAGUGCCACCCUGAAGACGCCGGUGGCCGAGCGGAUCUCUUCUCCGGUUACAGAAGACUUGGAGGAGGGUCUGUGGGCGCCGUGGCGGAGGAGCGGGCGGCGGGGAGCUUGCAGAAGGACCGUCCCCAGUCGCAGCUGUGCCAGGGAUCAUCCAGCAGGUGGCAGCACUGCACACAAGAGGAAAGGGCUGCGGACUGGACUGUCCACGUGUCAGCGCCACGUGGAUGUUCUCAUACAGCAGAUAACGCAGGAAAUUAACCAGAUGGAGACCGACAUAAAGUGCACGUCAAAGCUGCGCCAGAGCGUGGGAUAGCGAGCGAGGACGCGGAUCCCUCACAGGACCGCGAUGGGAAGGAGGAAGAAUCGUAAAUUAAUAAAAUGUAAUAUUUAAUAAACUUAUUUAUUAGCUU